UUCAAAUGCAACUCAGCUACUCUUACUGAGGGAUAAUGUCUGAUCUGGGCCUAAACACACAGACAGUCUCAGUGUGAGGAUGCUGAGCCGAACAGAACACAGAGGUGUAUGCAAGCUUCUGUCAUCAGUGAUGUCUGGCACAGAGGCUCAUACAGACAGAGAGGAGGAUUACAGGUUCCUCCACAGCAUGUUGAUGGAGAGGAAGCUUCACCUGCUCUUCAAGAUCCACGAGAGGCUGAAGCGUUUCGAGAUGCGCGGCCCCAUCCCCGUCCAGGAGCAUGCGGCGCGCCUGGCCUUGGAUUUGGUGGAGGAACUGACACAUGGAGGGAGGGGAGCUGAGGCCAACGAACUGGUCGCCCUCUUGUCCAAACCCCACUUUAAGAGUCUCCUGUCUGUCCAUGACGCGGUGGCCCAGAGAGACUUUGAGCCCACUCUGCCGCCGAUACCUGACGAUGUGCUGGAGGAGGAUGACAACUCGGUCAAAAUUGUCAGUCUGAUCAAAACCAAAGAGCCCCUGGGGGCCACAAUUAAGAGAGAUGAAUCCACUGGGGCUAUUGUUGUGGCGAGGAUCAUGAGAGGAGGUGCAGCAGACAAGAGCGGCCUGAUUCAUGAAGGAGACGAACUGAAGGAGGUCAAUGGAGUCUCACUGGAGUACAAGAAGCCAAAGGAAAUCCUUCCACUCCUGGCUCGGUCUCAGGGCGAAAUUACAUUCACAGUCAUUCCUGCUUUCGCCAGGACCGAGGUGUCAUCAGAUAAGAAGAAGUUGUUUGUGCGGACUCUUUUUGACUACGAUCCCAAAGAUGAUCCCACCAUCCCCUGCAAGGAGGCAGCACUCGCCUUCAAGAGGGGCGACGUCAUCCAGAUUGUCAGCAAGGAGGAAGACACUUGGUGGCAGGCCUGUCGCCAUGGCAACGGCAACACCUGGGCAGGGCUCAUCCCCUCCCAACAGCUCCAGGAGAGGAGAGUUGCCCUACAGCGACCCAAAGCUCUGUUCAGACCUCGGCCAGUCAAGCCAACAGAUGAGGAAGUCAUGGAGGAUGCAGACUAUGGAGCUAUAACUGGAAUUCACAUUGCUGGCAUGAGAAGGAGUUUCCGACUUGGCAGAAGGGGAAGUCGGGCCAGAAUGGCAGCCCAGGCCAGGAGGAGGAGUGCUGGGAUGGACAGCUUGGUCCGGACCCCUACCUACGUGGAGGUAGUGCCAUACCACAGAAAUCCCCUGGACCCGCACCGUCUAGUCGUCCUGGUUGGGCCCAGCAGUGUUGGCGUUAAUGAACUGAAGAGGAGGCUCCUCAUCUCUGACCCUGAACGCUACAGCGUAACUGUACCACACACCACGCGUGAGAAGAGGAGGCAAGAGAAAGAUGGGGUGGAUUAUCAUUUUGUCUCAUUUCCUGUGUUUGAAGAAGACAUUCUCAAUCAUAGAUUCAUAGAAUAUGGGAGGUACAGAGGGCACUACUAUGGAACAAACCUGGACUCUGUUCUCAAGAUGAUGGCGGAGGGCAAGGUGUGCCUUCUGGACGUGCACCCCAAUAAAAUAAAGCAUGUGUACACAUUCGAAUUCAAACCAUACGUGGUGUUUGUGAAGCCUCCGCGCAUUGAGGAACUGCGACUCACCAGGAGGAGAGCCAAGUUCAUCUGUGAUGAGGAGGAGAAGAAACCAGUCAGGAUAUUUUCAGAGGAGGAUUUUGAGGAUAUGAUUGGCUUGGCUGAAUCCAUGGAGAGCCGGUACGGCCACCUGUUUGACAAGGUGAUCGUCAACGGCGAUAUCGCCACAGCGUUCAGAGAGCUGCGGGCGGACCUAGACGAGCUGGAAAAAGCAGAAGUCCACUGGAUUCCUGCAGAGUGGAUCUGCUCCUCACCAACGAGGUCCCACAGUGACUUUACAGGCUGGAUCUGAACUCCGAUCUCUUAAACGACUACACUGUACCAGCUAUUCAACAGCAAACUGUCCCCUGGUCAAAGAAGGCAUUUAGUUCAGUUUUGAGUUAAAUAAAAACAUCGCAGGUCAUGGGUAUGAACUUGCUUCUUAUGGAACACAGAACUGGGUUUGGGUCCUGAAAACAUCAACCAAACAAACACAGCAAAUGAUCAUAUUUAAGGUAUCGAAAUAGUAUAUCCAGUAUAGUUUUAUACCCUUUCAAAUUGAACCUUGAAUUUAUGUUGCUAAACUAGGCCUGUGUAUUCCAGUGUCCCCUUGAAUAUAGUCUGUAGCUAAUUAGCCAUACAUGCUGUCUCCCUCCCUCUGUCCCAGAGCCAGUUUUUCUGUUGGCAUUUGGCUGAAAUAAUGUCAGCUUGCAGGAUGGAGAAGAAAAAAAAAAAAAGAAGAGAAAACUCUCCAGAACUUGUGGCCGAGUGCAGUCCUUCCCUGCCAAGUCGCAAACAUCAGCAUGUAAUUAUUCUGACAGCUGCUGCACUUCAAUUAACUGUAAUGCACACCAGAGGAAUAUUAUUAGCAGCAGUCAGAGGGACAUUCAACAACAAGAUCAUCAGUCAAGUUGAAGCCAUCGGAGGCGGGGACAUGUAAACCUGUUUUUGCCGUCGAGGGCCAAAAAGCAAAUACUUUCAAGCCUCAGUGCUGUAUGAUUGAGUUGUGUAAAAUCACAGAUAAAGACUGUGUGUCAUUUACGCUCCGAAUGAUUUACAACUGUGCACCAAGUAGGAUUUUUUUCUUCAAACCAAACACUCAUGAUUCUUUAAAAGUUUCAAUUAAUGCAUUUUUAAGUAUCAUAGAUGUUGUGGGCUUACUCCGCAGCCUGAGAAUAAAUCAACUCUAAUAUGAAUUAUUACUUUUGGAGAGGGCGAGAAUAAUUAGCAGCAGCUCGCCAUUAGUGACGCCCCAUUAGCAAACAUUCAUAUUUGACUAUAGGAGCCGCCGGCCUGCUUUUAGAAGCCGUCAGACACCCAAGCACAGAUUCAGCAGUCUCCUCCGCAUGAGCUAUCCGAGCUAAUUUUAUUUAAUAGCUGCAUUUCUCUACAACCAGGGGGUUUCCUUCCUCUUUUGGACUCUGUGGUCAAUUGGGUGUGAAGGAGUGUUAAUGUGUCCAUCAUGUCAUGUUUGGGAGGAAGGGAGAGCAGCGUGAUGUGGAGGGAAGGUAAUGGGUUUCUGGGGAUUUGGGCCUUUGCCGGCAUACCGAGAGAGAGUUACGACUCAACAUAAAAUCCUACUGUAAAGGCAUGGUCAGCCUCGUCAUCAUGGGUUAGGCAGGGAUGAUGAGCAAAUCAGUGGAGUUAGAGGCUUGAGGUGAAUGUAGUAUUUAUUUACCUUGGCAGGGAUAGCAUAAUGUCAGACUUAAUCAAAAAUCACCGGGAGGCGGUGGCGUGCUGCUUUGUCUUGAGGUGCGAAUGGA